CCUCAAUAGUUGAUAUUAAAAACUUGUCUCCCAUGUCACUGUGAAUUUGCCCAAUCCAAUUCAUUGCCGAGCUCUUUUUCUCACGACUACUCGCUGGCUAUCAACCAUAUUCCCUUGCGAAUCCCACUCGUGACUGUCGGGCUCCUCCCUAGCAUCGUCUUGUCGCGUGCAAUUCUCCCUCCGUUCUAGCCGAAGCCGAGAAAGCGUCACCAUCGGGCAGCUCUAAUCCAAAGAUCACGCCAACGAAGCUGCACUGCGCGAUUGCUUUCUUCGUUACCUUUUCAUUUAUUUGAUUUCAUUUAUAAUCUGUCAAUUGCAUUCUCUUUGACUGCUAUUUCUCCCGCUGCAACGCCUGUUAGGUCCGGCGUGGGGGGCGCGCCGAAUCUGAAGCUCCAUGCAGAGCUACCUCGGGCCACAAUGUCGGACUCUGUGGAUCGAGUCUUUGUCCAUGCCCUCAAUACCGUCAAAAAGAUACCGAGGACUGGCACAGCCCGGCCGCCAACGGCAGAAAGGCUUAAGCUAUAUGGAUUAUAUAAACAGAGCAUGGAGGGCGAUGUUGAGGGGAUAAUGGACCGGCCAGUUGGGGACGCAGCAGACGUACAAGCAGAGCGAGAGAAAUGGGACGCAUGGUAUUCACAACGUGGUAUAUCGCGAACAGAAGCUAAGAGACGCUACAUCACAACGCUUGUCGAUACCAUGCAUCGAUAUGCAUCGCAAACCGAGGAAGCUCGGGAACUCGUUUCAGAACUCGAAUUUGUUUGGGACCAGAUCAAAUAUAGCACGUCCUCUUCGUCGUCUUCAAGCCCGAUGCAGGCGAUGGGCCUUCCGAUGACAACUGAGACCUCUGCGCCGAGAAAAUAUGGAAGCAUAGAUGGCCGGAUGAGCCGCUCACCACCGGUGGAGGAUCCAGAUGAAGACCUAGCCAUAUAUCGAAGAAGACUGGGCGAUUCAAGAUUACGAGUGUUGAGUCCAGUUAGCCAGCCUGACGAGCCGGAUUCAAACAUACCCGAAGAAGAGGAAGAUGAUGAGGAUGAAGAAUUCCAAGAAGCCCGAGAUGGUACAUCAUCUGGCGGAACCACAUCAUCCCAAGAUCGUGAAAAACCCACCGCAGCAAAAACACGACGAAGACGAGCAUCAACACCCGGCAACAGGCCAUCAUCACACAACAACGCUGACGAUUGGCGACGACGCGUCGAGCAGGCCUUGACGAAAAUGACCACUGAAGUGGCUGCACUUCGCGAACAAAUUGAGUCCCGGUCAAUCUAUGCCAGUCGACGAAGAUCAAGUCUUUUGUCGUGGUUGAAAUGGCUCUUCUGGAUUGCCAUGCGACAACUGCUCUGGGAUUGUAUGAUCCUAGCUAUCAUUCUGAUCUGGAUGCGAGUCAACAGCGACCGCAGGCUAGAGCAGAAAGUGAAAGCUGGGCUGAUACAGUUCAAAAAUUGGUUAAUGACGCUCAGGAUACCGCGACGAUUACCUAAAUUCUCGCGUCUGUCGCUGCCAUGAUUUCUUUUCUUGCCUUUACGUUUCCAUGUAUAUAUUGUCUAUUUCCCCUUCCAUGAUCUAUAUACAUUACAUUUUCCAGAUGUCGGCUAUUUUAUUAAACGGGUGAGCAUACGUCGGAGUUUUUCAAUUCUUCGAUUUUAUCCAGGACAAUGUGCCAAUGUUUGACUAUGGAUAUCAGAUAUAGACCAUGAUGUGCCUAUCUAAAUAAAUUAGUACAUAUAAUGAACUUCUUGGCACGAGCGAUUGAUUCAUACGCCUUGCC